CCGUUCCCCGGAGUGGGGCGCCCUCGUGUGGCCCAGCGGAGCCUCGCUUGCGGGUCUGAUUCCGAGUGGGGAUGUCACCAAAUCUGGCGGCGAGGUUCGCGUGUUCCGGUUACCUGACCUCAUAAAUGUAGGGUUUUCGACCAAAUGUAGGGAUCCCAAUCGGAGACGGAGGGGCUGUCUCUCCUGUAGACUUUCGCAGGAGUUCGAAGGCGUUGGCGGGUCUUGGGAGGGGGUUCUCUGGGUCUAACCUGAGACGGAGGAGUCCCCGAAAGAGGUCAGAACAGGGACUCGGGGGGAGGGGCUUCUCCUCGAUGCAGUUGGCUGGCGGGAAGCCUGCGCCGCGGGAGUCUGCUCAACUCCCAGGACCAGGACAGACACACACGGACAGUCAUGAAGAAAGGGAUGCGGGACCAGGAAACAGGCCGCGAGGCCACAUUCCUGCCUGCCGCCUCUUCUUCGCCUCUCCAGCAGCGGCCAAUUCCUCCUCCUCGCUUCUGCUCUCCCAGGAGUCCAGAAGUAUGGAAGUGUGGGGAGUUGCCAUGACAACUAUGGCCCCUCAUCCUUUCAAUCUCUGUGCCAAAAUGGGAGGAGGCGAGAAGGAGGGGCUGAAGAGCGACAAUGAAAGAUCAGGUUCAUUCCUCCUGCGGCUCCUUUUUCAAAACCUCUAUGUGUCCCUUUUCCCCGCCAGGAAUCCAGAAAACAUUCCCAGAGAGGGUUGUGGGGAGAGUGCGUGCCUCUCCUGGCCCUGCCCGCCCCAAUCUGAACUUUAGGGACUGGCGCGACAGAUGAUGGAGUCAGGGUGAGUUCCCUGGAGCGGCCGGAAGGAGACCCGGGAGAGAAAGAGGCUCGGCCCUGCCAGUCCGGCCCUCCCGCGCCGCCCACGCAGGGCCACUGGGUGGGGGCGGAGAUGCGAGCGCCCCAAGCCUUGGGGGUGGAGCUUGGCCACUGUGCUCUCUGCCGAGCCAUGAACCGAUGCCCGGGCAGGUGCCGGAGCCCGCUGGGGCAGGCAGCGCGAUCCCUCUAUCAGCUGGUGACUGGGUCGCUGUCGCCAGACAGCGUGGAGGAUGAAUUUGAACUGUCCACCGUAUGUCACCGGCCCGAGGGUCUGGAGCAGUUGCAGGAGCAAACUAAGUUCACACGCAAAGAGUUGCAGGUCCUGUACAGGGGCUUCAAAAACGAAUGUCCCAGUGGAAUUGUCAAUGAGGAGAACUUCAAGCAGAUUUAUUCCCAGUUCUUUCCUCAAGGAGAUUCCAGCACAUAUGCCACUUUCCUCUUCAAUGCCUUUGACACCAACCAUGAUGGCUCAGUCAGCUUUGAGGACUUUGUGGCUGGUUUGUCAGUGAUUCUUCGGGGAACUAUAGAUGACAGGCUGAACUGGGCCUUCAACCUGUAUGACCUCAACAAGGAUGGCUGCAUCACCAAGGAGGAAAUGCUUGAUAUCAUGAAGUCCAUUUAUGACAUGAUGGGCAAGUAUACAUAUCCUGCGCUCCGGGAGGAGGCCCCAAGGGAACACGUGGAGAGCUUCUUUCAGAAGAUGGACAGGAACAAGGAUGGCGUGGUGACCAUUGAGGAAUUCAUUGAGUCAUGUCAAAAGGAUGAGAACAUCAUGAGGUCCAUGCAACUCUUUGACAAUGUCAUCUAGCUCCCCAGGAGAGGGGGUCAGUUGUCCUGGGGGGGGGGCUCAUGCUCUAGUCCUAGUCUUGGUGGACCUCACCCUUCUCUUCCCAGGUCUGUCCUCAUUUUAGCCCUGCCCUGGGGGCUGUAGGGAUCCAAGAGCCUGGGGAUUCAGUGGUCCAGAUUGCUGGAGCAGAAUGGGCCAGGAGUGGGCAGAGUAUAUCUGUAGGGUAUUCCCAACUCCCAGCAGGUCCCACCUCUUUCCUGCCUAAUACUCAGUGUUGAGGGUGCCUCUGCUAUAGAAAUUGAGUGGUUCUCCACCUCCCAACCCCACUCUAGAACCACAACAAUAGACACAAUGUCUCCUGCUAUGGUGCUUUCCCUAUCCCUGAGUCCCAUAAACAUUUCCCCUAAGACUCCUUUCUCAAAGAGGAUGCUCUGUUCUUGGCACUGACUGACCUUUUUAACUAACCUUUGAGAUACCUGUAGGAGGAAUGUAGAGGGAGGAAUCUUGGGCCUGAACCAGUGGUUAGGUCCUAGGAGGUGGCUGGAGUUGAGCAGAAAUCCUGGCGAUUAUCAGUGAGAGCUCAGGCAUGCCAGGGUGAAGUUCUGAGUCCCACAGGUCUGCCACCCCAAGCCAUUAGAAUAAGAGUUGCCAGGUUCUUCAGAAGACAUAGUACCCCAAGAGAGCCUGAGAUCCUGGUGUCUGGCUCAUCCCUAGAAUUUUUUCCUCUCCUUUUCUGUUUAUGUGUGAUAGUGGCAGCAGGGGAAAGUGGGUGGGAGAUAUCCUGGCUGAUACCUGCCAAAAUUCCAGCCUACCUUACUGGACAACUACAACUUGAGUUUUCAUUUACCAUUUCCUCUAGACUUGGAGGCAUGAAGUAAUUCAGGGACCACCCAGUGGAUG